AUUUAAGGGAUGUAAUUCAAAAUGUUCCUAAACGAAUACGUUGAUACAAUAAAUGCACAACUCUUUAGGUCAAUAUAUGUAUAAUCAGAAUAUAUGAGAUGCACCUGUUCCAGGGGGUUUCUCCCCUGGAGGCACACUGCUCAGUGGCACCCCUGGUGUUCCUGUGCGGUACCGCUGUUGGCAUGACAACCGCAACCUCGUUGACAUGGCCUCUCUUCUGAAAGAACCUUUAUUUGAAAUAAGUGCACAAGGCCCUGCGCCUAAUAAGGAUUUUUAUCAAUUGAGCAUCACUAAAUCAGACGUAAUAUGGAGGUAUUGGAAGAUUUCCCUCAGAAAUGCCUCCAGGAACGCAAAGCCAGGGGAGCAGAGGGAGUCCCAUCAGGACUACCUGGAGGACACCCGCUUACAGAGCCAGGUGGGCCUGGUGUUCGGCCAAGGGAUCCAGGCCUACACGCUGGCCCUGGGCCGAGGCUGCUACGACUACCUGGAGCGCCUGCCUGACGCCCUGCUGCUCCGCAUACUGGCCCACCUGCAGCUGGAGGAGGUGGGCGCGCUGGGCCAGACCUCCCACCGCUUCAGGAAGCUGUGCAGCUCAGAGGCCUUCUGGGAGCAGGCGGUGCGGGGCCACUGGGAGACGGUCCCGGCCGAGGUGGGGUCCCUCGGGCUUGAGCUGGGCUGGCGCCGGGUCUUCUUCACCAGCAAGCUGCAGCUCCAAAAGCUGAUCAGCCGCCAGCGGCAGCAGCUCAGAGAGGAGGAGGAGGAGCUCCAACGCCUGCGCCCCCCUACUGCCGCCCAUCUGGGGGCCGGCCUGCUGCGCUGCCUCUGCCAGGGAGGAGGCAUGGGCUGGGGCACCCAGGGAUCAGUGGACGUCGCCCAGUGUUGA